AGGGAAUCGACUGAUUUGACUGGCGGCAAGUAUCGGGGGCGGCGCAUUCCGGGUUUUUUCCUCCGAAGCACGAAUAUGCCUUCCCACAAGACCUUUCGCACCAAGACGAUCUUGGCCAAGAAGCAAAAGCAAAACCGACCCAUCCCGCAGUGGAUUCGUCUGAAGACGGGCAACACGAUCCGCUACAACGCCAAGCGCCGCCACUGGCGCCGCACCAAGCUCGGUUUGUAAGCGGACAGGUUGCCACUAGUGUAUUCCACCACCGCAGGGAUGGAAGGCAUGGGUCGUGGACGUGUGUGUUUUGGCUGGCGCUCUGUGGAUUCGUGUAGUUCUCGACCAUAAGCAAGAGUCCAACUCCGACUUACCACCCCCCGUGUUCGACGCUUUUUGGGGAGAAAACGACAUUAACAUGAGUGAAAUACACAUUUUGCUUUUGUGAGUGUCGCCCACGUUCCAUGGUUGCCCGGCGCUUCAUCGAUCUUGUACCUGUCAUCAAUGACAGAGCACCACUGACGGCUCAUCUU